AGGAAAACAAUAACACGCUUUUCUUAGGUGAGGGGCCACACUGAAUAAAGGGGCACUACUGCCCCCUAGUGGAGCCGACACUAAAGGGUUGUUAGUUUUUAAGUAAAUUGAAGAUAUUUCACAAACUGAUUUUAAAAAUUUCCUCCAUGGAUAGAAAGAUAGAUAUCGUGGGGAAACUGUGGCUCAGGGAAAACAAUUCUGUAAUCAAAAUACUGAAGAAGAAAAAAAAAACCCACACACCCCCGUUGGUUCACUUUGACGUCAGUUUUCGUUGGGACCCGCCCGCCUGCUCAAGUGGCGGCGGUGAAUGGUGAGGGAGAUAAUCCUCGACUCGACCGCAGACACACAGCAGGACUGAGCUGUCUCUGGAUGUGGAUGCGGGCAUCCUCGGAUCCUGCUCUCAGCGCGGGCCCGCAGCACGGACAACUUAACGGGACGACCAUGGUGCACGGCGCGGCGGACGGAUUUGUGGCUGCUGGUCGCUCAGGGGACCGGGGAACGCGUUCAAUGUGACAUUCACUUGCACGCUGGUGUUGAGUUUAUUGUUCUGGUCCUGCCGAAGCAGAGCGGCGAUCCUCUGAGAAGAUGUUGAGCCGAUUUAUGAGUGGCAGCAUCAGGAAUCUCGAGCGGGAAUACAGCUGCACGGUCAGACUGCUGGAUGAUACGGAAUAUACGUGCACCAUUCAGCGGGAUGCAAAAGGACAGUAUCUGUUUGACCUCAUCUGUCACCACCUCAACCUACUGGAGAAAGACUAUUUUGGCAUCAGAUAUGUGGACCCAGAUAAACAGCGGCACUGGUUGGAGUUCCCGAAAUCAAUUGCAAAGCAAAUGAAAUCUCAGCCUCCGUUCACCAUGUGUCUGAGAGUCAAGUUCUACCCUCCUGAACCCGCAGCUCUGAAGGAGGAAAUCACUCGAUAUCUCGUCUUCCUGCAAAUCAAGAGAGACCUCUACCACGGUCGGCUCCUGUGUAAAACCUCGGACGCGGCCAUGCUGGCUGCCCACAUCCUUCAAGCUGAGAUUGGUGACUACGACCCAGGGAAGCAUCCCGAAGGUUACAGCUCGAAAUUCCAGUUCUUCCCAAAACACUCGGAGAAGCUGGAGCGGCGGAUCGCAGACAUACACAAGACAGAGCUGAUUGGGCAGACACCUGAGACAUCGGAGAGAAACUUCCUGCAGAAAGCCCAGAUGCUGGAGACAUACGGUGUUGAUCCACAUCCAUGCAAGGACGUGUCUGGGAACCCGGCUUUUCUCGCCUUCACUCCAUUUGGUUUCGUGGUGCUUCAGGGAAACAAGAGAGUUCAUUUUCUCAAAUGGAACGAGGUGACCAAACUCAAGUUCGAAGGCAAGACUUUCCACAUAUAUGCAAAUCAGAAGGAGGACAAAAAGAUCAUCUUGACGUACUUUGCGCCCACACCGGAGGCGUGCAAGCACCUUUGGAAGUGUGGAGUGGAGAAUCAAGCUUUCUAUAAGCUUGAGAAGUCGAGUCAGGUUCGCACAGUGUCGAGCAGCAACCUGUUCUUCAAGGGCAGCCGUUUCCGCUACAGUGGACGAGUGGCAAAAGAGGUGAUGGAGCAGAGUGCCAAAAUCAAACGCGAGCCUCCAGAAAUACACAGGGCUGGCCUCGUGCCCAGCAGGAGUUGUCCAUCUAUUACCCACGGGCCUCGGCUCAGCAGUGUACCGCGCACGCGUCGGAGAGCGGUGCACAUAUCUAUCAUGGAGGGUCUGGAGUCCUUGCGUGACAGCGCCCACUCGACACCGGUGCGUUCAGUGUCUCACGGGGACUCUUUCAUGCCACGCUCCCGGAGCCAGGCCACGGAUGCCAGCGAGGGGAUGGCGGUGAUCUCGGACGAGGCCUACAGCCCCUCCGACAGCGUCCUGCCCACCCCGGUGGCCGAGCACAGCAUGGAGCUGGCCGUGUCGCGCCAAAUCAACGGUGCCCCCUGCAGCAUUGAGGAGGAGAAGGAGUCAGAGGCAGGCACCCCCAUGCAUGGGAUAAGGGGUGAUUUUGGUGUGGAUGGUAGAUCUGCACAGGAGGGGGGGGACUCGGCCCUCAGCGAGGUGGAACAGGUGAAUAAGUUUGUCUUAAGUGUCCUCCGUUUGCUCCUAGUGACCAUUGGACUCCUCUUUGUCUUGCUCCUCCUCCUCAUCAUCCUCACCGAGUCAGACCUAGACAUUGCAUUUUUAAGUGAUAUCCGCCAGACCCCCGAGUUUGAGCAGUUCCAUUACGAAUACUUUUGUCCCCUCAGGCGGUGGUUUGCCUGCAAGCUCCGCUGGGUGGGCGGGUUGCUCAUUAACAAGUGAGAGUGAGGUCGUAGAAUCCGUAAGCCCGUUCGGGGGUUUGAGGAGAGACGGUUAGGACUCCGGAGUGAUGGAGGGCAGCCUCGUCCCAACCAUGAACCCUGCUUCUCUCAUCCUCCUCCUGCAGACAUACAGCUCGGACCACCCCUGGUAACACCAGGCCAGGAUCUCUCUCCCCCUCCUCCACUUUGAGUUGCCCUCCCACCAAACCACCUCCUCGUUUCGCUUACGUUCUCCUCAUUUUUUUUCUACAAAACCAGGAGACUUGUUUUUUCUUUUCUUUUGCAUCUUACUUUUUUCUUCUUUUUUUUUUUAAUUUCGAGUCAUUUCAGGUAUUUUAUUUUUUCAAAUAACACAAAGGAAAAAAAAAAUUUAACUGAAAGAACUGAAGAAGUUUAAACAGUUCCUUUUCCAGGAACGGAAGAUUUAGUUGCAACGAGUGAACGUUGCCUCCAUUUGUUAUUUAUUUCUUUUUUAAACUUGUGUUUGCGUGAAAAAAAAAGGAGAAGAGAUGAAGAGUGGUGAUCAAGGAAGUUGUCAAAAAGAGACGGAAGUGAGUUACGUUAGAGGCAAAAGGGCCUGCUGCUGAGAAUUGUAGGAGUCGGAGUGGUGACGUAUCUUUUUUAUAUGGAUUCAUCCCCACCAGAAAACGCAAACAGCAGAUUGACCUCAAACAACUAAACGGAACAGAUCAGUGUGAAGGGAAUGACAGCGAAGGUUAAGGAGGAGGACAGAAAGGAUGAUUACCAAAUGCCUUUAUUGAAAAGAUAUUGAUUUAGAGUUCAGUGGACUGUUUAAGACACUAUUAGACUUACAGUGGUCGCACAGAGUCGGCUGUUGAAGACGAAAAUAGUUUUUCUAACGUUUUUUAAGGACACGGUCGAAUAAACAUUAGUGUCAUGUGACAUAGUAGUGUCAGACGUGGUUAGGAAAAUACUCAUGACGAGCAAAGAUUCACUGGCACCAAUAGAUUAUAGCCUAGAUAGAUGUGCAAUGCUGAUAUGGUUUUAAAAAUUAAGUACUUUGAAUGUGCUCAUUUGUUCAGUUGUGUUAUCUCCCCCAUUAAUUUGCAUCUUUGUCAUCAAAAGUUGAAAUUCGAUGAAUUUCAAUCAUUUCUUUCUAUGAAGAGUUUCUCAUUUAUUUUGAUUUAAUACCAACCUUGCUCAUAGGUUUCUGUAUCAUACUAUAUUAUUGUUAGAAUAAGAGUAAUGAUGUACUUUUUGUACAAAUUAGUUUGUUUCCUAAUAUAUAUUGACAGGUUUUUCCAUGUAUAUUUUAACAGAACUGAAAUGUUAUUUUGUUAUUGAAGAUUAAAUUAUACCUUUUUUAGCGCCGUGUUUCAAGUAAGGUCAGAGGCAUUUACGGAUUUGUGGAAGUGGGGGUCCGAAAAAAAAAAAAAACUAAACAAACAAAUAAAUAAGUAAAUAAAUAAAACAGGGCUUUUAUCCAGAUCCGCUCAACACUGAUUGAUCACACCUUUCACCCCUCCACCAGCAGUGAAUCAGACUUCAGUGCACAAUUUUUGGAAACAAUCUGGACAUGUCAUUAUACCACCAACAAACACCAAAUAUUCCAAAAAAACAUGUUCACCUUUCAUAACUUUGACCGUAUCUUAUUUUACUUAAAAGAGACUGGAGAGGUGACUGCGAGCCUGACCGACUGGAUCCGCGCUAAAACACGCGAGGACUCACUUGAAAAUGUGUUAAAUAAAACCAGGUCUGAAAUUUGUUAAUUUGCUGAUGUAAAACGUUGAUCGUAUUCAUUUGAUGAAUAAAGUACCGAACAUUUUCUGGUUUCAGGUG